AUGGCAUCGAGCUCGCAUUCCACACCGUGCGGUGCGCCACACCCAGCUUCGCCGUCGCUCGACCCCUACAAAGACCAAGCUGGAUUCUUGCCCUUGGUUCCUUGCCACAAGUGCAGAACCGUUUUCAUCGGGCGCGUGUCGCAGAAGCCUGGCAGCAAGGGGAAGAGGUUUUACAAGUGUCCACUACUUGAGCAUACCGACUUUGCAUGUGGAGUGUACUACUUUGAGGAACAAUAUAUCAAUUACUUGGUCGCCAAAGGCGUUCUUCCUCGUGCUUGUAGUUAG